AUGGCCGAAACAAAUGCCAACAUCAACGUCUCUGGCCCUUCCGAGUCCUCGGUAGCCAAUGGCGCGCAAAAGGCUCGCAACCAAACCGCAUGCGAUGUCUGCCGAGCAAGAAAAAUCCGGUGCACCUAUAUUCCCAGCCAACAACGAUGUCGAGGUUGUGAAUUCCUCGACGUGGAAUGUACGCAUGAACGACCAAGAAGGAAACGGGGACCGCCGAACAAACAUGCACAGAGAGCCCAGAAAGAAACCUCUGGAUCCCCAGCGGUUCCGUCUCCCACCAACACAAUAUCACCAGCUGGAAAUAGCGAGGCCCAUGGUUCAAGUGCAUCGCUACAAAGCCCACAGUUACCAGUUUGCAUGGCAAACCCAAACCCAAACCCAAACCCAAACCCAAACCCAACACCUGAAGCCUGCCCCGGAUCUGGCAGCCAUUGGCUCUCGGUAUUUGCCCCAGAGUCUACCAUAUCGCGCCUGCUUGGGGAUUGGUUCAGCGUGAUCCACCCGUUGGCUCCGAUCCUACUCCGUCGCCAGUUCCUCCGCCGUCUUCGUCAAGGUGUAGCCGACGUCAACGCCGAGUUUUGCGGGCUCGUCAUUAGUGUAUGCGCGGCAACCAAAGCGACGCUACCCCGGAGUGACUAUGGACCUGUCACGGUAGACUAUUGCGUCGAGUUUCUGGAUAGCCAUGGACUGCUCAAGAGUCACUUCACUCAAGACCCUUUCAGCAUCGACAGGUGCAUCGCCUUGUACAAUUUAGGUACCGCCAUGGGCGCCACCGCAAAGUCGGGUCUGAGCAGUAUGCGCGCCUAUCACGCGUUGAGCGAGGCGGCUGCAGGGACUCGGUACCUGGCGUAUUAUCGGAUACACGAACACGAUGAGGCUGAACAGCAGCUUCUGAGGAGGCUUAUUUGGCUCCUCUUUGCUGGCGCGUGGUACGUUGAGGCUCUAGAGUGGAUAAGAGAGAUGCAUCGGUCAAGGCUAAUCAGACCUGGGGUUUCCAGCAGCGCGGAUAUUUUCGGAAGACUUCCAAUCAGCCUCCUCAGCCAGGAUCGAAUCGAGAACUUCCCAAGACCACUUCCCUUAUCAGAUGAUCAGAUGGAGCCUGCGAACCCCGACAUGUGUCACGAACCGCCUUGGCAUGGGGACGAUACCACUUACGUCCCAGGGCUCAACUCGUUGAGCGACUUGUUUCUCAUCUGGCAACAAGUGCAGCAAGUUCCCACCGACACUGACCCGCAAGCCACCAUCACGAGAUACUUGAUCAAGGUGCAACACGUCCUCGACAGUCUCCCGCCUGAGCUGCGAUGGCGCGGUGGUUUGUCGCGACCAGCAAACGUUACAGAAGGCCACGACGUGCAAAUCGCCAAUUUAUUCGUCACAAGCCUCAACAUCCGCUCAAACAUCCUCCAGAAAUUCGGCCCAACUGCAACGAGUGCUCAGGAACACCAGAAAAUUGUAGAUGAUUUGUUAGAAAUACUGUACCAUUUGCCACGGGCUGUUUUCGACGCUAAUGGCAGUAGUCUCGUCCCCAAGAUUCGGGACAUUGGGGCAGCGUACCUCGAGCAGACUCAAUUGGGGAAUGGCGUGGGUGAAGAGGAGAUUGGUGACGGGCGGGUUAAGCUGGAGCGUUUACUUCGGAAGCUAGAUGAUCUAGAUUGCUGGCAGGGAAUUGGUGUGCUUGAAGGUCCGCCCUUGAGAGUUGAAUUAUAA